GACUCCGUGGCAGAAUUUGCAAUGGCAGGUGGCAAGAAAUUGACGAAAGAGGAGGAGCUUUUGCUCCAAGAUUUCAGCCGAAAUGUCACCACCAAAUCCUCGGCCUUGUUCUACGGGAAUGCUUUCAUCGUAUCAGCCCUCCCAAUAUGGGUAUUUUGGCGCAUCCAUCAGAUGGAUCUCGUCCAGUCAGCUAUUCUGUUUGGCGUCAUGACCAUUGUCAGCACUUGGCUGGUGGCCUUUGCCUACAAAAACGUCAAGUUUGUACUCAAGCACAAGGUUGCCCAAAAACGGGAGGACGCGGUGUCCAAGGAAGUCAUGAGACAGCUGACUGAUGCCGACAACAAGAAGAUCUCUCGCAAGGAGAAAGAUGAGAGGAUCUUGUGGAAGAAGAACGAGGUCGCCGACUACGAGGCCACGACCUUUGCCAUCUUCUACAACAACGCCCUCUAUCUGCUGCUGGUCCUAUUCUUGUCGUUCUUCAUUCUCAGGUCGUUCGACCCAUCUGUCAACUACAUUGUGUCCAUUGGCAUCGCUGGGGGUCUGCUAGCUCUCGUCUCAACAGGAACUCAGUGACCUUUGACCUUAAGCGCAGUGACCCUUGAACCCCAUCAUGACCUUCAAGUAGUAGUAGAGAAUAGUUGUACAAAACUAAUUAUAAUCAACUUAAGAUUUGGACAUUGUUUGGAUUUUGGAAUCAUCUCAAAUGUAAUUUUGUGAUUUCUGCACUUUAUUACAAUAAAUUAUGACAACAGUGUUGGGUAAGUUUUGUGCCCAUAUUUCUCUACAUUGUUUAUUUGCAUCCGCAGUUCGAAAGAAUAGCAUUCUAUGUGCACAUAAAUGAAGAGACAUUUUAAACACAUUCCACGCAUUGUAUAUUGAAAAGGGCAUGCUUUAAGACAUGUUCUUAUUGGUAAAAGAGACUCGUCAUUGUAAAACACCUUGCUCAAGAACACAAGCAGGCUAAAAUGCUUUGGCAAGAUCCACAGAAUAACCACCACAUUUUAAGGGCCGGUGAUUUUGACCACGGAGUAACUUUCUGGGAGGACGGUUUUGUCGUAAUGUUUUAACAGAUUUCAGACUUACAGGUUAUUUCAGUUAAUUAUGUUCUCCUCAAGAUGAGAGGGGCAUCUGUUUUUUUUAAAAGGGAACAUUGCUCAUUAACUUUCGAAUAAAACAAGAGACAGGCUCUGGAAAA